AUCAGCUGCAUCUCCACCUGUAGACAUAUGACUGUAGGUCCCCAACUCAGCAGGCAGGCAAAGACUUUAGAAGACUGCUGCAGCCCGUCCAUCUUUAGGUGGUGGGAUUCCCCUUCUGGUGGGGCUAAAGUGAUGGAGAGGCCUGAAGAUGAGGGGUCACCAGGUGCAACAGGUGGUGAAGGGGAUGGAAGAGACACCACACCUGUUCACAACACUGGUACUCCUGAUGGCAUGGCAGCACUAGGAGUCAUGCUACAGGGCUUCAUGUUAAAUCAACAGCAGUCAAUGCAACAGCAACAGCAGUCAAUGCAACAGGCAAUGCAAUCCAUGCAGCAACAGAUGCAGCAGCAGAUCAGCCAGUUACAGGAGGAGGUGCAGAAAGGAAAGACAAAGCAACAGUGUGUUGUGACCCCUUUACAAGCAGCAAACACAGACACUCUGUCAAGACCAGCUCCUCAGUCUCAAGACCCAGCAGAGGAGGUGUUAGGUGAACACGUUGACAAGAAGGAGGAGACAGCAGAGAUGAAAUUGGAAGAUGUCCAACAGCUUUUGUCCGAUGAUAAGUCAAAACCAGAGACUGAUGGCUCUUCAGAAGGAAACAGAGAAACAACCAAAGGUGCAGCAGAGGAGGUAUUGGGGAAUCACAAUGACAAGAAGGAGGAGGAAGAGAGGCCCCAUCCAGAGAUUCCAUCUCCUUCCAAACCACUGAAGGGCUGGGAAGAGAAGAUUCACCAGGGAGAACAAGGAAAACUAAAAAAUAUUGAGCCAGUGCCAAAAGCCAGAGAUGAGUUGAAGCCAAAGAAGGAGGGUUCCUCAGAAGACACACCCCAAGGACCUUGUGUCAGGGAGCUGUUGUCAAAGGCUGGACUAGAAGAUCAUUAUGAAAACAAGCUGACGUUAAGUACUGUCCUUGAGAUAAAUGCUGAUACUACAUCAGAUGAACCUCUUACCACUACGCAGUCACUUCCAGGGGCCUUCCUGAAGAAAUUAAUGAUGGCAAAUGUAAAUGCCAGGAGUGUGAAAUGUCUGACCACUGACCAGGAGUUUUCCUAUUAUGGUGUAGACAACCUGGACACUGACACUGAUAGUAGCAAUGCAAUUCAUCCACUGGACCUGAUAACUGCCUUGUUUCUGUGUUCAGAUGGUUUCCUGCAACAGGAGAUGGUCCAGAAAAUGUCCAUGUGUCAGUUUGCUGUUCCUCUUCUGCUGCCCAACUGUGACACAAAACAAAGCACUUUGAUGCUGUGGGCCUUGAGGGACAUAGUGAGGAAAUUUAGACCCUCUUCCCAAAUGGCCACAAAUGCUUUUGUGGAGGAGAGAAUAGUUCUCUCUGAUAUUCCCAUGGUGUCCUUUGUUAGGUUAGGACAAAGCAGCUUGUCCAAGUCUCAGAUUUUGAACAAGUUGCUUAGUAACCCUCAACAGUACCAUGAUACAUUUGUUCAUCAUGAUAUGGAAUGUGGCGAUGUCUCUCGGCAAAUCUCAGAUGGUCUGGUUGAAAUCAGCUGGUACUUUCCAUGUGGGAACAGAAACAUAGACAUGUUCACUAAGCCUGUGGCGGUGGCCAAUCUCAGAGGAGACAUCAGGUCCUUUAAAACACAGUUCUCCUUUCUGUGUCAAACAUCAGCUGCAGUUUACAUUUUCAUUGAUGAUUUUGAGGCAGAUUUCAAGGUUUUGGAAGCAGAAAUCACAAAAGCAGAGAUAUUUCUGGUUGUCAACUCUCAGAGAAAAACAUUCAGGGUGGACACAUUGAAGAAAAUGAUCACGAACUACAGUAUCAACCCAACAAAUGUGAUUGUGAAGAAGAAGCAGAAUGAUGCAGAAUUUGUCAAAACCCUGCAGUCAUCUGUGGGUGACACCAUCGAAAAAAGUAAAAACAGAUUGACAAUUGAAAACAUGGCUGACGUGGCUCAUCAGAUGGGGAUUCUGGUUGAUGAAGACGGUGAGUGUCAGAGUGCCAGGAAGAAGGCAAAAGAAAUCACCAGUAACUUCAAAGACACAAUGAAAUUCAAACAUGAACAGCUACCCUUACAAGGAACAAUCUGGAAAGAGCUUUCCCAGUUGGAAAAAGAGAUGUGUAGACUGAGAAAAGCAGGAGAUAAAGACAUUGAACACUACAAGAGCUCUCUGAAGAAAAAGGAGAAAGAGCUGAGAGAGAAGCAAUAUACAUUUGACAUGUCAGAUUCAAUGGCAAGCUUCAUUUUAGGAUUGUCAAGUUCAGGAGCUGAGCGUUCCUAUUUCCUCAGAUGGAUGCGGAUAAAUCUGGACAAUCUGUCACGUCAGAACCUGUCUGGAUUGCGGGACCGGUACAAAGAUCUUUGCCAACAUUCUCCGGAGAAAAAAGACGACAUUAAAGAUUUGGAUAAGCAAUUAUCUGACUGUUCCCUGGGACUUGAACACUUCCUGCGUGAGUUGGGCCAGUUAUAUGAAGCUUCCUGCUCCCUUCCUGAAAGUAGCCUACAAAGGAAACAGAUGGAGCAUCUCCCUGGAUUGUGUGCUCAGAUGCUGUUGGAUGGUUUCCCCGUUGAGCUUGUAGAUGGAGAUGCAUCAAAUAUCCCUCUAAAAUGGAUAUCAGCUGUUCUGACUCAGCUUCAUACUCUUGUCCAAUCCAACAGCAAGAUCCGGGUGGUCACAGUUUUAGGGGUCCAAAGCACAGGGAAGUCCACUCUCCUCAACACCAUGUUUGGGGUCCAGUUUGCUGUCAGCAGUGGAAGAUGCACCAGAGGGGCCUUCAUGCUGCUGAUUAAAGUCAACAAAGAACUCAAGGAGGAACUGAAAUGUGACUUCAUCAUGAUUAUUGAUACGGAGGGGUUGAAAUCACCAGAGUUGGCUCAACUAGAUGAUAGCCAUGAACAUGACAAUGAACUGGCCACACUGGUAAUAGGACUCAGUGAUGUCACUAUCAUCAACAUUGCCAUGGAGAACUCCACAGAGAUGAAAGACAUUCUACAGAUUGUUGUUCAUGCUUUUAUCAGGAUGAAGGAAGUGGGGAAGAAGCCAGUAUGUCAUUUUGUGCAUCAGAAUGUGUCAGACAUGUCUGCUCAUGACAACAACAUGAGGGACAGGAAGAAGUUGUUGGAACAGUUGAAUGAAAUGACCCAGGCAGCAGCCAGAAUGGAGAAGAAGGAGAAUAUCACCAAGUUCACUGAUGUGAUGGAGUAUGAUCCAGACACAAGCAGCUGCUACAUCCCAGGACUGUGGCAUGGGACUCCCCCUAUGGCUCCAGUCAAUGCAGGAUACAGUGAGGCAGUAUGCGGCUUCAAGAAGACCUUAAUUAAAGAUUUCAUAAAAUGCCAGAGAAAUGAUGACUUGACACAUUUCCUGAAGUGGACACAAAGCUUGUGGAAGUCUGUGAAAUUUGAGAAAUUCAUCUUUAGUUUCAGAAACAGCUUGGUUGCAGAUGCAUAUUCCAAAUUGUGCUCUGAGUACAAUGGUUGGGAAUGGGCCUUCCAGAAGGAGAUGUACAACUGGAUGAUUGGUGCUGAAACAAAAAUUAACAAUAUUGGCAUGACAGAUAAAAAUCUUGGGCGGUCCAUAGGAAAUGUGCUAAAUGAAUUGAUGGCAGAGGCAUCUGAGAAACUGUCAUUGGGAGAAAAGGAAAUCCAAGACAAUCUGGUGAAAUACUUUGAAAAUCAAGAUGGCCAUGUCAAUCUGGUGGAAAAAUACAAGGAGGACUUUGUGUCCAGUGCCAAAACACUGAGACGAGAGACAGAAAACACAGUGAGAAACAAACUUCAAGGAGCUGUUGAAAUCAAAGAGGGAAUGACAGAACUGGACAACAUCAAGAGUUCUCAGGCAAGUACAAUGGAAAAGAAGGUUCUAGAUUUGCUUCAGAAUUGUAGACAGAAAAAAUCUGUUCUUUCAGAUAAGGCCCUCAGUAAAGAGUUUGAAAACAUGUGGAGUAAAACUCUGUCUGAGAUACAUUUCAAAGGACUUCCUAAGCGAGAUGUUUCCCAAGAUGCCUUUAUCAUGUUGAGAGGCAAUCUGUCAACAAGGGGCAGUCAUGUCAACAGUCUGUUGGUUGGAACCAGACUGGUGGAUUGUGGGAAGGCAGCCUUUGUUGUGGAAUCAGGGGGGUUGUGGGAGAAGACUAAAGGCUUUGUGGUGCACAGGGAUCAUGACCAUCACAGGAAAAAGCUGCAAGACUUCUGUAAUGACAUCAUAACACAGUGUCAGGACUUUAUAAGACAGAAGGUGGAGCACAAAACAGAUUAUCAUGACACUAACAUCAAAGAACUUCUUAACAAGAUUGAUGAAACAUUGCAGCAACAAAAGAAAAUGAAAGUCGGUGAUGAAUGUGAGGUUAAUCUGAAGCUACACAUCUGUGGCAUAGCAGCAAGACAGUUCCAAAAGAUGCAUGAUGAUUUCAUUGCACUCAAUGACCCAAGGAAGUGUCUGGAACAGUCAAAGGACAACUACUAUACUGACUUCAUGAACUUGUUCCAUGAGCGAGACCAGUGCCAAAAGAAAGCUGAGGACUUCGCAAAGCUCUGUUUGCGGCCAGCUGUACAGGACUAUGUGACCAAAAGGAUUGGUCCUGAUGUGGUUGAUGAAGUGGUGACCGGUGAAGGGUCAGAGGAUUACAGCACAAGAACGGCUUUCCAGUUCUCCAUUUUAAAAGAACUCCUGACUGAUGAAAAUUAUGAGAAAUAUAGCGAGUACAUACACUUUUAUAAAACAUUUGUGAAGCAGUGGUUAUUUGAUCAAAUUGUCAAGCAACUCUCAAAAGAGAGGAGACUGCAGAAAAUGGAGAACAAACAUCUUUCAAAUAUAGUCCGGAAAAUUACUGAUAACAUUUCAACUGUCAGUAAAGCAUCUAGCACGGUAAACAACAUUAAGACGUUCAUUGGGAUAAUUUGCAAUAUGUUGGGAGAGCAUCUCGCCUUUCCCAAGGAUGCUUUGGAUUCCAUUAUGAUUCUGAACACGAGCACAGCAAACACAGAACAGUUUGCUAAGUAUCUCACAGAGUUUGUGAGGGAAAUGGAGAAGUCACUGGCAUCUGUUUAUGACCGGAAAACUGACCUUAGAUACAUCACAAAAAGGCUCAGACUUCUGCCAUUCAAGCCUCAGGACAAGAUGUUCACCAGUCUGUUUGGCUGUGGGGAGGUAUGUCCCUUCUGUAAUGCACCCUGUGAAGCAGGAGGUAAGGAGCAUACCAAACACUUCACCUCCAUUCAUCGUCCAAAAGGGCUCAGUGGUUGGAGGAAUAAGCAGUCAAAUGUGUUAUUAACUAACAUAUGCUCCUCCUCCGUGAUAGGCAAUGGGCUGUUCAUUAAUGAUCUAACAGGAGAUGAUGGUCACCCUUACAAGAAGUACCAGACAUACUAUCCUGACUGGAUCAUAACUGGAGACACCAGUAUUGAGGCUUCAGACUAUUGGAAGUAUGUGAUGGCCAUAUUCAAUGAGAGAAUUGCUGAACGCACUGACUCACUUCCUGCCGAUAUCCCAGAGGACUGGAACAUUUUAACAGCUGAGGAUGCAAUGAAGAGCUUGAAGGGCUCAUUCAAUGUGAGUGAAUAGGGGAAAUCUAUAAUGAGGCUCUGAAUUGUAGGCCAAAUAUAUUAUUGGCCGUUAAAACAUGUAUUAAGUUGACAACCACAAAUACCUCACACAUGGUAUAUCACAGAAUCAAAAUAUGAGGAGCCAGUUGUCUCAAACCAGAGUUUUGCAAAAACUGUGCAUAUCUGACAAUACCGAAUGCAAUUUUGAAAAUAACUGCAGCACAGAAAAUAAUAUUUGCAAAUACAAUUCAUAAACUAUGACUUCUUGCUAUUUACAGAUCAGAUGUUCUAUAAUGGAAUAGCUUUCACUUUGAAUAUACACUGAGUAUACCAAACAUUAGGAACACCUUCCUAAUAUCGAGUUGCACCCCCUUUCUUUUGCCCUCAGAACAGCCUCAAUUCGUAGUGGUGUGGACUCUUCGAAAGCGUUCCACAGGGAUGCUGGCCCAUGUUGACUCAAAUACUUCUCACAGUCGUGUCAAGUUGGCUAGUUGUCCUUUGUUUGCUGGAUCAUUCUUGAUACACACGGAAAACUGUUGAGCAUGAAAAACUCAGCAGGUUGCAGUUCUUGACAUAAACCGGUGCACCUGGCACCUACUACCAUACCCUGUUCAAUGAAACACAAACAAUCCAUGUUUCAAAGGUUAAAAAUCCAUCUUUAACCUGUCUCCUCUGCUUCAUCUACACUGAUUAAAGGAUUCACCUGGUCAGUCUGUCAUGGAAAGAGCAGUUGUCCACUCAGUGUAUGAGAAAGGAAUGCCAAUAUUCUUAUCAGAGUAAAACAAUAAUUAGAUGUAGAUGUAAGUAAACUGUUUUAAGCUAUUUCUAAAAUCAUACAAAAAGUAAGAAAAGUAUAUCUCAUAAAUUAACAGAAUACACAGGCCAUAUUGAUGAGCUGGUCCUCCAUUUCUCAUUUUUAAUUAUAAUAAAUAUAUUUCUCUCCAAUUAUAAUCUAGCCUAUAGCUUGAUAUGCCUAAAUCACUGAUUAAUGAUUAGAAGGGCUGCGCGGUUUAGUAGUAAACUUUUGGCUUGGCUUUUGUUUCUGUUAUUUUACAUUUUCAUCUUAAUGUGAUUUUUCUUGUUUAAAAAAUCCAUUUGUUGUUUCAUAUACAGGUGUUACACAUUUAUUAUACUUUUAAUUAAAUGUUGUGCAAAUUGUUAUUUGUUUUUAUUGAACCACACCUUAAUAGGGAUUUGUUCGCACACCUCAUUGCUUUGAACACAUUUGAUUGGAGAAAGUGUAAUUCAUGAUCAGUGCACAGCACUAAUGCAACUUCAUUAGUGCUCAGUUAUUAAGUUACUAAGAUUUAGUUUGUUGAUGAUUUUUAUGUGUUGAUAAGUGAGUAAAAUUAUUUUAUUUUUGUUGUUGAUUAGGUUGUUGCUGUUGUUAUCGAUGAAGAUUAUUUGUUUGUUCUUGACGAUCAUUUUCUUUUUGUUCAUGAGUAUACUGAUAAUAAGUUUCCCUCUACUUGUUAUUGCUUGUGAUGAUGAUAAUGAGUUUUCCUCUUGUUGUUAUUGAUGAGUAUAAUGAUGAUCGUUUUCCUCUUGUUGUUAUUGAUGGGUAUAAUGAUGAUAGUUUUCCUCUUGUUGUUAUUGAUGAGUAUAGUUUUCCUCUUGUUGUUAUUGAUGAGUAUAAUGAUGAUAGUUUUCCUUUUGUUGUUAUUAAUGAGUAUAGUUGUCCUCUUGUUGUUAUUGAUGAGUAUAAUGAGUAUAGUUGUCCUCUUGCUGUUAUUGAUGAGUAUAGUUUUCCUCUUGUUGUUAUUGAUGAGUAUAGUUUCUCUUGUUGUUAUUGAUUAGUAUAAUGAUGAUCGUUUUCCUCUUGUUGUUAUUGAUGAGUAUAAUGGUGAUAGUUUUCCUCUUGUUGUUAUUGAUGAGUAUAGUUUCUCUUGUUGUUAUUGAUGAGUAUAAUGAGUAUAGUUGUCCUCUUGUUGUUAUUGAUGAGUAUAGUGAGUAUAGUUUCUCUUGUUGUUAUUGAUGAGUAUAAUGAUGAUCGUUUUCCUCUUGUUGUUAUUGAUGAGUAUAGUUUUCCUCUUGUUGUUAUUGAUGAGUAUAGUUUUCCUCUUGUUGUUAUUGAUGAGUAUAGUGAUGAUCGUUUUCCUCUUGUUGUUAUUGAUGGGUAUAAUGAUGAUAGUUUUCCUCUUGUUGUUAUUGAUGAGUAUAGUGAUGAUCGUUUUUCUCUUGUUGUUAUUGAUGAGUAUAAUGGUGAUAGUUUUCCUCUUGUUGUUAUUGAUGAGUAUAGUUUCUCUUGUUGUUAUUGAUGAGUAUAAUGAGUAUAGUUGUCCUCUUGUUGUUAUUGAUGAGUAUAGUGAGUAUAGUUUCUCUUGUUGUUAUUGAUGAGUAUAAUGAUGAUCGUUUUCCUCUUGUUGUUAUUGAUGAGUAUAGUUUUCCUCUUGUUGUUAUUGAUGAGUAUAGUUUUCUUCUUGUUGUUAUUGAUGAGUAUAGUGAUGAUCGUUUUCCUCUUGUUGUUAUUGAUGGGUAUAAUGAUGAUAGUUUUCCUCUUGUUGUUAUUGAUGAGUAUAGUUUUCCUCUUGUUGUUAUUGAUGAGUAUAGUUUUCCUAUUGUUGUUAUUGAUGAGUAUAAUGAUGAUAGUUUUCCUCUUGUUGUUGUUGAUGAGUAUAGUGAUGAUCGUUUUCCUCUUGUUAUUGAUGAGUAUAAUGAUGAUUAUGAUACGUUUUUCUCUUGUUAUUAAUAAGUAUAAUGAUGAUGAUUAUUUUUGUAGUUAGUGGUGAUGAUGAUGAUGAUGAUGUGAGUUGAACUCUGAGCCUGCAGGGAAUGGUUUUCAGUUGGCCAAGCUAUAUAAUGACGGCCAAGUUGGCCAAGCCAAUAUUCAGUUGGCCAAGCCAAUAUGAUGAAGACAAAAAAAAGUUGAGUUGUACUGUUCAAAUAUAUUGAUAUUGUUUGUGGUCCCUUACAAAUGUUAUUUUUUCCUCUGCAGUGAAAAAACACAGACUGUACUUUGCAGACAUAUUGUUGCAAUUGAAAAUACAAAAUAUUUGUCCAUUAUCGUGUUACUAGAGAUGUUUAAUAAAAAUCUAUAAUUUAAAAACAUGA